GGUGGAGCCGGCCAGGUACGGAAGCCCCUGGCGGGUGUCCACGGGGCUCGGCGGACACGAAGAUCCCCUCAGACCUCCCCUCGCGGCGCCGCUUGGCUCUCGAGAAAGAAAAGGAUUCCCUUCUGCUGUGCUGACAUUGAGAGGCAGGCCAGGCUUCCUGAAGGGGAGCAGGAAGGCCUUUUGCAAAAGCCGAAGUGACAUCCAGAAGAGAGUGGUUGUCAUCGUUGCUGUGCCGUGUGCUUCGUAACCGCGGCUACCUGCACGAUGGUAGCGGCUACGAAGGUUUCUCCUUGGACCAAGAUGACUGAUGGAAACCCUUCCAGCUCCACAAACGGUGUGGCCUUGACGGGCGUUCUGGACGGUCGAGCAGGACACCACACUCAGACCCUGCAGCACCUGCCUCUCAAGGUGCCCAGGUCCCGCUCGUCGCCUGAGCACGGGCCCAAGCCGAAACUCGGCGCUUUGGACCAGCACAGCCUUAAGUCGGUGGACUCCGGCAUCCCUACCCUAGAGAUCAGCAACCCGGAGCCGGUCCCCUGCAGCGCGGCCCAUGGGAAGAGGAAGCAGUCCGAGGCGGAGCUGGGCGCCGAGCGGGCCUGCCACAGCGCAAAACACAUUCCCUCGUUCGCGCCGCCCGCUCCCGCCGGCGCCGAGCGGGAACAGGGCGUGCGGAAGUCGUCCACGUUCCCCAGGACGGGCUACGAUGCGGUGAGGCUGUGCGGCCUCACCUCCAGCGCCCUGAGCCGCAGCGACGACGUCUCCGUCUGCAGCGUGUCCAGCCUCGGCACAGAGUUGUCAACCACGCUCUCUGUCAGCAAUGAGGACAUCUUGGACCUCGUGGUCACGAGCAGCUCCAGCGCCAUCGUGACCCUGGAGAACGACGAUGACCCACAGUUUACCGACGUCACCUUGAGCUCCAUCAAGGAGACCCCUGACCCGCAGCGGCGGGACUGUGUGGACGACACCGAGGAGGGAAGUAAAUCGAAAAUACUGGGGCCGUUCAGUAACUUCUUCACCAGGAAUUUGCUUGCUAGAAAACAAAAUGCAAGACUUGACAAACAAAAUGACUUGGGAUGGAAGUUAUUUGGAAAAUUACCACUCCGAGAGAAUGCUCAGAAAGAUUCAAAGAAAAUUCAAAAGGAAUAUGAAGACAAGGCUGGACGACCUAGCAAGCCGCCCUCUCCAAAGCAGAAUGUGAGGAAGAACCUUGAUUUCGAGCCACUUUCCACCACCGCACUCAUCCUGGAAGACAGACCAGCAAAUCUCCCGGCGAAGCCAGCUGAAGAAGCUCAGAAGCACCGACAGCAGUAUGAAGAGAUGGUGGUCCAGGCCAAAAAACGAGAGCUGAAAGAAGCCCAGAGGAGGAAAAAGCAGCUGGAAGAAAGGUGCAGAUUAGAAGAAAACAUCGGAAAUGCUGUCCUCACCUGGAAUAACGAGAUUCUGCCUAAUUGGGAAACAAUGUGGUGCUCUCGAAAAGUUCGAGAUUUGUGGUGGCAGGGGAUCCCUCCCAGCGUGAGAGGCAAAGUCUGGAGCUUAGCCAUCGGCAACGAGUUAAACAUCACCCACGAGCUCUUCGACAUCUGUCUGGCCCGGGCCAAGGAGAGGUGGCGGUCCCUCAGCGCAGGAGGCUCGGAGGUGGAGAUCGAGGAUGCCAGUUUCCCAGCAGCGGACAGAGAAGCCAGUCUGGAGCUUAUUAAGCUGGACAUUUCUCGAACGUUCCCUAACCUCUGCAUUUUCCAGCAGGGCGGCCCGUAUCAUGACAUGUUGCACAGUAUUUUGGGCGCGUAUACUUGUUACCGACCGGAUGUGGGCUAUGUGCAGGGCAUGUCCUUCAUAGCCGCGGUGUUGAUCUUGAACUUAGAUACUGAAGAUGCCUUCAUUGCUUUUUCUAAUCUCUUGAAUAAACCGUGUCAAAUGGCAUUUUUCCGAGUGGACCAUGGCCUCAUGUUGACUUAUUUUGCUGCAUUCGAGGUAUUCUUUGAAGAAAAUUUGCCAAAAUUAUUCGCUCAUUUCAAGAAAAAUAACUUAACUCCAGACAUCUACCUGAUCGAUUGGAUCUUUACUUUAUACAGCAAGUCCUUGCCCCUUGACCUGGCCUGUCGGAUCUGGGACGUAUUCUGUCGUGAUGGGGAGGAGUUUCUGUUCCGUACGGCACUGGGCGUCCUGAAGCUGUUCGAGGACAUCCUGACGAAGAUGGACUUCAUCCACAUGGCCCAGCUGCUCACCAGGCUGCCCGACCACCUGCCCGCCGAGGAGUUCUUUGCUUGCAUAGCGACAAUUCAGAUGCAGAGUCGGAACAAGAAGUGGGCCCAGGUGCUGGCAGCGCUGCAGAAGGACAGCCGUGAGACGGAGAAAGGAAGUCCCCCUCCCAGGCACUGAGGCGGCAGGCAGACGCGCUCGGCACGCAGCGGGGUCCCAGAGCACCUGUGCCCUCUCAGCCGGACACCCUGGCAGCUGCGAACAGGGGCUCUGUUCCUCUCUGCUCCCUAACACUGGAGUUGGCCUUAAAACAAAACAAAACAGACAAAACUUGUAAAGAACCAAACCGAGGCUUAGCCUUAAGCAGCCCAGUGGGACGGUGGCCCAGUGUCGCCCGUGGCCGACCGUCGCGUGCUCCGCAUGGCUCGAACACGGCAGUGGCUGACUCCCUCCCCUCCUGUCAGCAAAAAGUUAAUUAAAUCAUAAUGCUUUUACGUCAACUACUGGAAGGGACAUUACAGUCUUUCUUAGCCCAGGUGCAUGAGAAGUUCCUUGGGAGACCUCAGAGAUGCUUUGGGCUCACAGUCACCUGUUGUAGUAAGAGACUGCUGAUUUAGGGACCGCGAUAACCCUCCCAGAAGUGGAAAGCCCACCUACCAAAGAUGAGCCAAAGGCAAAAGAGCUCUCGUGGGGUCGUCGUGACGGAUGCCCGUGGGCGCCCAGGGACACGACCUGACCUCGGCCUGACCGUUUACCAUGUUGCCUUUGCCACAUGACAGCACAGGGCCGAAGAUGGGCACUAAGGGUCCAGUGGGGACCCUCACACCCGGAGACUGCCCCCUGCACCCGCUGAGCAGUGGUGGGAAGUCGCGGCAGGAAGAGCCGUUCGCAGGGAAGGCCCAUGGCGGCAGACGGUCUGAAAGCCGAUGGAAGGGAUGUAGACAGCCCCCCAUAAGUCAGAGUGGGGGGAAAGGGGAUGUUAAGACCUGCCUCCUGGCCCCCUCCUCAUCUCUGGGCAGGCCGGGGACAGCCCGGUGUGGGGGGAGCCUGCUCCCUUGCUCUGACAGAAGGCUCCUCUGUCCUUUGUCACCUGAACGCAGGGGCCAGCGCUGAGUGCCAGCGCUUCCCUCACACGUGUGGCUUAAAGGUGGACUGUCAUAAGGGCGGAGGAGUAAGCCCCACACCCGGCAGCACAGACAGUCUCGUCAAAGUUCUCAGUGCGUCCAUUUCAUCAGCCUUUUCCUAUUUUAGGUUUUAGCUGGUUUCCCAAGGUCAUUAACACCUCGUUCUCGCUUUCCCAUGACUCAUUUUGAGAACUUCGUGUUAAGAACUUUGGUUAUCCACAUUCAAAGAAAUGAACGGUUUUUGCAGAGUAGUCCAAAGGGCAGGCAGAUCUCUAUGGAAAUAGCUUCCCACGUGGUCAUCCGCUGGGAGUUGGUCCCCGGGAGGGCUUGCUGGGCAGUCCAGGUUGGAGGGCACAGGUCACUCGCAGCGUGUGGUGCGUGCAGCAGUGUGGCUGGCGCCCUCUGGCCCUUCACGGCCGUCCUUCCCGCCGCUGGGGGCGCCCCAGGGUCCGUCUUGUUCCUGAUGUUGCGAGCACCCUCAGCUCUCUCUAGGAUGCAGCCAGGACACCUGGGCUGGGGCUAACGCCUGCCAUGGCAUCACUCUUCCAGGUGUUCUGCAUCUGUCACAUCUGCCUGCGACACUCGUCAGUGCGAUAGCAAGUUGCCGAGCCGUGGCUGACCUCGUGCCCCCAGCCCAGCUCUGUUCCGCCUGGUUUUUCCCGAGACCGCCUUUGUUCCCUUGCCUCCCUCACCGAAUUCUCCAGGGCGGUCGCAGAGCAUCGUGGGUACCGCUUUCCGCCCCAGCCUUCACAGGCUGACUCGCCCGACCUGGGAGGGGAGAGGGUCCGUGUUCACUGAGGUCUCAGCAGCCUGCCAGACGCAGCCGCCCGAUACCACGAUGCUGAACGUGGCCUGGACUGUGCCAGCCUGGGAGGCGGGCUGGCGAGUGUGCCCGGGUUGCUCCCUGACGUGGGCUUUCUGUUCCCGAAAGAUGUAUAUAUUUUCUUACUGUACAUAAAGAUGUUCCUGGAGUUGCGACGGAGAGCGAGGCAGCCGGGCGGUGCGCGGUUCCGGCCGGAAGGACACGCGCGUUCCAGACCCAGCCCCUAACAUCCGUUGUUCGAGUUUGACACACAUCUGUCUGCAUAGCACCAUUUGCGUGUUAACUUUUAAAAUGGAUUUCAUGCCAAUCCGGAGCACUGACCGAAUCUCCAGUUCUGAAGAGGUGUCCAUGACCUGUUCGGGGACCCCGUGAGGGCUUGCUGGUUUGCUGUGUCCACGUCAGAGGCCGGAAGUUCUGAGCCCCUGCCCGGGGCCACGCGGCCGCCUCCCACAGAGGGCCUCAGAGAGGCACAGGGCUGCGCUCCUCUGCCAGAUGCCGCUUUAGGAAACUGGAAACACGUCGAAACGCUGCACCCCCUCGGGAGCUCGCCCUGUCCACUUCCCCGGCCACCGAUUUGCAGAAUCUAAGAUUUCGGGUUUGGGACCUUUGUACAACUGGCACUUUAGGGUCGAAGGCUGCGUCCCCACCAGUCCUUGAAAUCUCAUCUAGAAACAAGGUUCACUUUAAAAGGUACUUUUUAACUGCUCAAUUUCGACUAUUUUACAUAGUUCGCUGAUAGAAAACUCCUGAUGACACUUGCUACAUAUCAUGUUUUAAUUGCUUGUACAGUUAACCUUUAAUUUUAUUAAGUGUAUCAAAUUAGGGCUUUUUGAAUUGUAAAUAUGUGGUUUUGUUAAAUAAAAGUCAUGUAAAAUUGUUACUUGA